GACAGAAAACUGGUUAUUCACGCCCAAAAACCACUGUGACGUAAUCAGAAUCCCAAAGAUGGCGGCGUUGGUCGUGCCUCGCCUAGCCAUGUUUGGCAACUUUUGUAAGAGACCUAUGUCAGUGUUAGUUCUUCAGCAGAAGAACCUCCACGACAACACCAUCACCAGUGUGGUUCCUGUCAGAGAGAAGAGCACGGCGGUGGCGGCUGCCAAAACAACAUCCGUAGCCAGCAGCAAGGGCGAGUAUGUCAUCACCAAGCUGGAUGAUUUGGUCAACUGGGCGCGUCGGAGCUCCCUGUGGCCUAUGACCUUUGGCUUGGCGUGCUGUGCGGUGGAGAUGAUGCACAUGGCGGCGCCCCGUUACGACAUGGACCGUUUCGGAGUCGUCUUCAGAGCCAGUCCCAGACAAGCCGAUGUGAUGAUCGUGGCCGGAACGCUGACUAACAAAAUGGCUCCAGCUCUGCGAAAGGUGUAUGACCAGAUGCCUGAGCCGAGAUACGUCAUUUCCAUGGGAAGCUGUGCUAACGGAGGAGGCUACUAUCAUUACUCGUACGCCGUCGUCAGAGGCUGUGACCGCAUCGUACCGGUGGACAUUUAUGUUCCAGGCUGCCCCCCAACAGCAGAGGCUCUUCUCUAUGGAACUUUGCAGUUGCAGAGGAAGAUCAAACGUGAGAAGAAGCUGGCAAUUUGGUAUCGGAAGUGAUGAAGGCGUUCUAAUGUAUGUAUGACGUGUGUGUGUGUGUGUGCGCGCGUGUAACCCCGGCUUGUAAGUGUUUUAUUUCUGGUCUCAUUCGGGAACAUAUAGCGGUCUUCUCCAUAUGGAGCUGUUAGGAAAACACCUGAAUAAAGUCAUGAUGUUAUUUAACAUAACGUUCCGACCUUCAAAUGAAGCACUUCAUUAAAACGUGCAUUCAAGUUAUA